GGCGCGAGCGAGACGUCUGGGCUGUUCGGCGCAGCGCGGCGGCAGCAGCCUCCGCCCCCGGCCCGGUGUGCGCGCCCGCGGCAGGGCGGCCGAGUCCCGAAUCGCGAGCCCGGCGGCCGCCGCCUCCAGACCGGAGGACAGGCCACCUCGGCGGCGUCCGCCCGAGUCUUCGCCUCGCCGCCGCCGCCUGCCUCCGUCCAGGAUUGACUGGGGCGAGCCCGGGCGAGCUCCCGGGGCAGCGAUGCGACCCUCCGGGACGGCCGGCGCCGCGCUCCUGGUCCUGCUGGCUGCGCUGGUCCAGGCCAGCCGGGCGCUGGAGGAAAAGAAAGUUUGCCAAGGCACAAGUAACAAGCUCACCCAGUUGGGCACUUUUGAAGACCACUUUCUGAGCCUCCAGAGGAUGUUCAAUAACUGUGAAGUGGUCCUUGGGAAUUUGGAAAUUACCUACGUGCAAAAGAAUUAUGACCUUUCCUUCUUAAAGACCAUCCAGGAGGUUGCUGGUUACGUCCUCAUUGCCCUCAACACAGUGGAGAAGAUUCCUCUGGAAAACCUGCAGAUCAUCAGAGGAAACGUGCAUUAUGAGAACUCAUAUGCCUUAGCAGUCUUGUCCAACUAUGGCGCCAACAAAUCCGGACUGAGGGAGCUGCCCAUGCGGAGCUUACAGGAAAUCCUGCAUGGUGCUGUGCGGUUCAGCAACAACCCUGUCCUCUGCAACGUGGAGACCAUCCAGUGGCGGGACAUCGUCAGCAGUGACUUUCUGAGCAAUAUGUCGAUGGACUUCCAGAACGCCCUGGGCAAUUGCCAGACAUGUGAUCCAGGCUGUCCCAAUGGGAGCUGCUGGGGCACCGGAGAGGAGAACUGCCAGAAACUGACCAAAAUCAUCUGCGCGCAGCAGUGCUCCGGGCGCUGCCGCGGCAAGUCCCCCAGCGACUGCUGCCACAACCAGUGCGCCGCGGGCUGCACGGGGCCCCGUGAGAGCGACUGCCUGGUCUGCCGCAGGUUCCGAGACGAGGCCACGUGCAAGGACACCUGCCCGCCGCUCAUGCUGUACAACCCCACCACGUACCAGAUGGACGUGAACUCCGAGGGCAAAUACAGCUUUGGUGCCACCUGUGUGAAGAAGUGUCCCCGUAACUACGUGGUGACAGAUCACGGCUCGUGCGUCCGCGCCUGCGGUUCAGACAGCUACGAGGUGGAGGAAGACAACAUCCGCAAGUGUAAGAAGUGUGAAGGGCCUUGUCGCAAAGGUAGGAGCCCGGCACGGUGCGGACGAAGCUCGUUCUCUGGCUGUGAGGCGGGGCUCCCCUGCCCACCGCCACAUUCGAGUCUUCUGAUUAAAAAAGCAAAAACAAAAAACUGGGUAUAUUGUUUCUUUAAAAAUGAAGAUAGCGCUUCAGAGCCCGGUCGGAGAAGCCGUGGGCAGGGCCGUCCGGCAGCAGCAGUUUGUAAUGGAAUUGGAAUUGGUGAAUUUAAAGACACACUUUCCAUAAAUGCUACGAAUAUUAAAUACUUCAGAAAUUGCACCUCCAUCAGUGGAGAUCUCCACAUCCUACCGGUAGCAUUUAGGGGGGACUCCUUCACGCGCACCCCUCCUCUGGAUCCAAAGGAGCUGGACAUUCUGAAAACUGUAAAGGAAAUAACAGGGUUUUUGCUGAUUCAGGCUUGGCCUGAAAACAGGACCGACCUCCACGCCUUCGAGAACCUGGAAAUCAUACGCGGCAGGACCAAGCAACAUGGUCAGUUUUCUCUUGCGGUUGUUGGCCUGAACAUAACAUCCUUGGGAUUACGUUCCCUCAAGGAGAUAAGUGAUGGAGAUGUGAUAAUCUCAGGAAACAAAAAUUUGUGCUAUGCAAAUACAAUAAACUGGAAAAAGCUAUUUGGGACCUCUAGUCAGAAAACCAAAAUUAUAAACAACAGAGCUGAAAACAACUGCAAGGCCACGGGCCACGUCUGUCAUUCCCUGUGCUCGCCAGCGGGCUGCUGGGGCCCGGAGCCCAGAGACUGCGUCUCCUGCCGGAGCGUCAGCCGCGGCAGGGAGUGUGUGGAGAAGUGCAGCGUUCUGGAGGGCGAGCCCAGGGAGUUCGUGGAGAAUUCCGAGUGCGUCCAGUGCCACGCGGAGUGCCUGCCCCAGGCCAUGAACAUCACCUGCACAGGACGGGGACCAGACCACUGCAUCCAAUGUGCCCACUACAUCGAUGGCCCUCACUGUGUCAGGACCUGCCCAGCGGGAGUCAUGGGGGAAAACAGCACCCUGGUCUGGAAGUAUGCAGAUGCCAGCCGUGUGUGCCGCCUGUGCCAUCCAAACUGCACCUAUGGAUGUGCUGGGCCAGGUCUUCAAGGCUGUGCAACCAACGGGCCCAAGAUCCCGUCCAUUGCCACUGGGAUCGUGGGCGGCCUCCUCUUGGCGGUGGUGGUGGCUCUGGGGAUCGGCCUGUUCCUGCGGAGGCGCCACAUCGUCCGGAAGCGCACGCUGCGCAGGCUGCUGCAGGAGAGAGAGCUUGUCGAGCCUCUCACGCCCAGCGGAGAAGCUCCCAACCAGGCUCUCUUGAGGAUCUUAAAGGAAACCGAGUUCAAGAAGAUCAAGGUUCUGGGCUCUGGUGCAUUUGGCACCGUGUACAAGGGACUCUGGAUCCCAGAAGGUGAGAAAGUUAAAAUCCCUGUGGCCAUCAAGGAAUUGAGAGAAGCAACAUCCCCGAAAGCCAACAAGGAAAUUCUCGAUGAGGCCUACGUGAUGGCCAGCGUGGACAACCCCCACGUGUGCCGCCUACUGGGCAUCUGCCUGACCUCCACCGUGCAGCUCGUCACGCAGCUCAUGCCCUUCGGCUGCCUGCUGGACUACAUCCGCGAGCAUAAGGACAACAUCGGCUCCCAGUGCCUGCUCAACUGGUGUGUACAGAUCGCAAAGGGCAUGAACUACCUGGAGGACCGGCGCUUGGUGCACCGUGACCUGGCUGCCAGGAACGUGCUGGUGAAGACGCCGCAGCACGUCAAGAUCACAGACUUCGGGCUGGCCAAGCUGCUGGGUGCCGAGGAGAAAGAGUACCACGCGGAGGGGGGCAAAGUGCCGAUCAAGUGGAUGGCAUUAGAAUCGAUUUUACACCGGAUUUAUACCCACCAGAGCGACGUCUGGAGCUACGGGGUCACCGUCUGGGAGCUGAUGACCUUUGGGUCCAAGCCUUACGAUGGGAUCCCUGCAAGCGAGAUCUCCUCCGUCCUGGAGAAGGGCGAGCGCCUUCCCCAGCCGCCCAUAUGCACCAUCGACGUCUACAUGAUCAUGGUCAAGUGCUGGAUGAUAGAUGCGGACAGUCGCCCCAAGUUCCGUGAGUUGAUCAUUGAAUUCUCCAAGAUGGCCCGAGACCCCCAGCGCUACCUUGUCAUCCAGGGGGACGAACGGAUGCAUCUGCCGAGCCCCACAGACUCCAAUUUCUACCGCGCCCUGAUGGACGAGGAGGACAUGGAGGAUGUCGUGGACGCUGACGAGUACCUCAUCCCACAGCAGGGCUUCUUCCACAGCCCCUCCACGUCCCGGACCCCCCUCCUCAGCUCUCUGAGCGCAGCCAGCAACAGUUCCGCCGCGGCUUGCGUCGACAGAAACGGGCAGAGCUGUCCCAUCAAGGAAGAGAGCUUCUUGCAGCGAUACAGCUCAGACCCCACCGGCGCCUUGACCGAGGACAGCAUGGACGACACCUUCCUCCCAGUGCCCGAAUACAUAAACCAAUGCAUUCCCAAAAGGCCCGCAGGCUCUGUGCAGAACCCCGUCUACCACAACCAGCCUCUGAACCCAGCUCCUGGCAGGGACCCACACUACCAGAACCCCCACAGCACCGCUGUGGACAACCCCGAGUAUCUCAACACCACCCAAUCUUCCUGCGUCAGCAGUACACUCGACAGCACUGCACACUGGGCCCAGAGGGGCACCCACCAAAUCAGCCUGGACAACCCCGACUACCAGCAGGACUUCUUUCCCAGGGAAGCCAAGCCAAACGGCACGUUCAAGGGCCCUGCGGCUGAAAAUGCAGAGUACCUAAGGGUAGCGCCACCAAGCAGGGAAUUUACUGGAGCAUGACCACGGAGGAUAGCAUCAGCCAUAAAACCCCAGACUGCAGACACCCAGGACCAAGCCCCGGCAGCCACUCCAGCCCGACAGCCAUGCCCACACCCACUCCAGGAUCCACGGACUGGUAGCGCCACGUUUGCGCUGACCGGCCCCUCUUUCAGCCAGGAAGUGCCCCUUAAGUGCUCUUUGGGAAGUUGCAGGUACAUUCCUUUGUCUUCAACUGUGAAGCUUCCACAAAAAGGCACCCGGCAAGAAUGUUGUCUCUUUGAGCAGAAGUUUACCUUUAAGUGAGGCAUAUUUAGGAAAAAGCGAAUAUAUAUAAGGAUUUCUAUUGGUUGGGGACCUUUGGGAUUUUUAAUUGUCAUUACUGAUUUUGAUUUUAAUGACUCUUCCGACGAGGAAGAAGCUUGCUGGCAGCACUUGCUGCGCAGAGCGCAUCCAGGCCCAGCCGUGGCCAAGGAGCAUGGGCCACCAGUCUUCCCGCUGACACUCAGCCCUGUGGGCUCUGCUUCAGCACUGUCAUGCUGCAAGACGACUAAAUACACAGGAGUCCCCCACGUCCCAGGCAGGCCCGGUGGGUAUUCUGUCGAGUCAUGGCAGGUACAAUAGGAGACGCCACUUGGCCCCUUCCUGGACGAAGAAGAAAUGGAGGGGGUAGAAUUCUUCCUUGGACUUAUUUUGUGUAAAUGUCUCUGUGGUACUAAGUCCCCACUGGUUGACGGGUGUUUUCUAAUUAUGAGUAUUGGACUUACUUGUUCAUUUUCCAUUCCGUUGCUUUGACACUCAGUAUGCUUUCCCUGUCUUGCUGUCAUGAAGUCAGCAAGAGAAGACGGUACAGUAAAUAACAAAAGAUUCCAGCCCACAUUUGGUUCCCAGCAUUCAGACCAAUGGCCUUUAAUCAAGAUGGAACAAUAAUGCAAAAUGCUAAUGUACCAACAUAUCCACUAAAUCUGAGGCUCAGAUGAAAUGCGUCAAGUUUUGGGGGGCAUGUAUCAGGAGACUACAAAAACGAAGCUGCUCUUAAAUUUCCUUUAGUCCUCCCCACCCAACCCCCAAAUAUUAGUUUAGGUUACUCAUAGAAGAUAAUUUUCUCUUUUCCUUUUCCUUUAAAAGUUUUUACUCCAAGAGUAUGUGUUCCUCCCUGGGCAGCGGCCCCCAGACCGCCCCUCUGCCUUUUUAAAAAGGUGUCUAGGCCCUGAAGCAACUCUUCAGGAACUUACAGCCCUGGCCAGAGCAGGCACAUUUUGGCAAUAAAAAAAAAAAAAAUAGCAUUAUGAAUAUCGUGGAAUUCAAGUGAUCAAUACAAAAGUAGAGUUUGAAAUUGAUAAUACUUUCGCAACAUCUUCAGAUGUUUUAGAAGAAAAAGAAAUUCCCUCCUGAAAUAAUUCCCCUGUAGCUGGAGGAUCCCGACUCUUUUCCUGGUCUGUGUGUGUCUCUGCAACCUGAUUGGCUAGCAGCGCCUGUAAACAAUGUUUUAAACACUCCUAGUCAAUAUCUACCCUGUCCAGCUUAUCAAGGAAGAAAUGUUGCACACACAGUUUUCAGCCUACAGAUAGGCUCAGUCACACACACAUACAACUGUUCCCUUUGCUUUUAAAUCAGCAAUUUAAAAGUAGAUUGAUCGGGGCUCCACAGUUUUGUUAAGAAAAUAUUUGACCUUUGUCUUAAUGGAAAUAAAACUAUAUUUCAUUCCAUUCCAUUCUACUCUCAAAUACCCUUAAGUACCUAUACCAGCCCAGCACAGGUACCAAAGUUACAAAAAUAAAUAAAAGAUUAUCCCUGAAUCUGAGAAAUUCACAAUUUAGCAAAGGAAAUGGACUCAUAAAUCCUAACCUUGAAGCAGCAUGACAAAGGGAGGGGGGCUCUGCCUGGGGAGGCCCGGAGGCUCCCCCAGGAGAUGGGCCUGGCAGAGGGCGGGGCUGAGCCAGGAGGGAAGGUAAGCGGUGAGCCCGGCUGCUGAGCCGGACCGGGAUCCACUGACAGCCCAAGGCGAGUCCAGCCGUCCUAACCAGCCCCUCCCCUCAGGCCUGGGACUAGGCUUGGGGCACCCCCAAGUUCCCAAAGCGUCGCGUCCGCAUCGGGGAUUUUGAGCUCUCAUCUCUGAAACGCUUAGUAAGAAGACUGAGCAACAUAGUUCUAAGAAUCCGAGACAGCAUGCCAUUGCCAGAAAACCACUUGCAUUGUGUCUUCCGCUCAGAACGUAAAGACACAGUAGUCAGAGCUGGGAGACAGAACGACCCACGUUCUGCCGUCACUUUUUGUCAAGAAGCAGACGAGUGAUGAGGGAGGGCAGUUGGAAGCCAGUCAGAUUGUGGUAAUGAAAUCCUAGUAUUUUUGUAGUUCGGAACACUUUAACACAAUAAAACAGCAGAAGCUAUUCAAGUUUUCUUUCCUUCUCCUUCACAUUUCAGUUCUCCUGCAUAAAACUGAGUUGCUAAAUUCUACUAAUUUUAAGAUCGUGUCUCCCAAAACGUUCUCACUCCCUCUGUCCAGGGACCCUCUCCAAGGACCCAGCCAGGAGGGGGUGCCCUGAGCCCGUCACUUCCACUCCACAGCCUGAGGGUCACAUCUCACACGUUGUUCUCCGUCCCCUGGGUCCGCGCUCAUUGAUGACCAGUCCCUGAGACCCCACAGAGCCUGCCUGCUGUCUCUUCCUCGGCGGGCGCCCGCAAAGCCUUUCGCGCCGCCCGGCCCAGGACCUGGCCUGUGCCAAGGGCGCAGAAAGUGCAGGGCUGGGAGCCGACUUUCACGGUGGGCUGCGACCCUCACACGCACCUUCUCGCGUAGUCUCUGAGGAGGCCCUCUAAUUACAGCCCAUGAGAAACACUUGUCAUCCUCUGAAGGAAAAAGAAGAGACAAACCUUUCAAAUUCCAAAAUUGCUAUGCGCCCAGGUUGCCACUGAUUUUAUACGUAAGAGCACGGUGGCAGCGUCACAGUGCGUUCCAGGCGAUGACGCAGUUCAGAUAUUUGUUGAAAGUUCUUAAUCUUGUGCUUUGGCCUCCCCUGCUCCAACUGCAGACAUGUACAGACUAUGGGGUGCACAGAAGGACCUGGUUCUCAAGCCCAUCUGCCCUUGGGAAUGUCCCGGGUGUCAACCAAUAGAUUCUGAUUUAAUUUUUCUCAGGUGCAGCCUGGGCGCAGGGACUUUUCAGAGCACCCCCAGGUAUUCUGAGGAGUGGGAACGUUUAGGGAACCUCUGCUGUACAGGCAGGCCUAGGCCCCAGCCUCUGCUUCCCACGCACGGGGCCAGGCUGGCGCAUGGUGGAACCCGCUGUGCUCACCCUCACCUCGAACGAGAGCCACUGGGCAGCUCCAAAAGAAAGGGUCAGGGGUCUGUAGGGGUCAAACCGAAUCUCAGGGUCUCCCACAUGAUUCCAUUGGGCAGCCAGGGUUGAAACUGACCCCUCCGAGGUCCCCUUCAGUUGUAGAGGCCUGUGGGUCUGUGCCGUGCCCCACGAGGUUCCCCUGUGCAGCGGAAAGAACAAUUUGCAAUCACUGAUAUGCCUGAAAUGUGGCCACUAGUGGCCGUUCCAAAAGCCUCCAAUUCAUUGUCACCAGCGGUUUAUGCUGAAAGUGGCAAAUACCCAAAUCUGAACCUCGAUAAAGCCUUCAGACCCUUUGCGUUCUCUGAGAAGUUACACAAACCCCCUUAUGAGCGAGCUGCUCCCUCCUGAGUGGCAGCUGUGGAACUGCUCGUGAUGUCUCCCCUGCAUUACUUUCUUGUGACAAGCACACGUUUUAUUACAACGUAAGGGUUGUUUGUAUUUCCUUGCCUGGGGGCUGUGGAGUCUUUCUGAACAGAAAUCCCAGCCUCUUUUUCUAGCCAUGCCUGCCAUGCCAGGGGCAUACAUCUUUGUACUCUUAAACACAUAGACAGCAUUUUUAAAUGUAAAUCUAUUUUUGUAACUUUUUUGUGGAAUAUCAUCCUCUUUAUGUAGCACUGAACUUUGUAAAGUAUAUUUUUAGGAAACUCAUUUUUCUACUAAAGGCAACACAGUUAACUUUAGAAAGACUGCAAUAGAAUCCAAAUUUGAACUGAAAUCUUUGUUUAAAAGGGUUAACUUGAAGCAAGAGAAAAGUCUUUCUCUCUCUUAUAAAAAGGUACAACCUCAUUGUGGAGCCAAGCCAGGUUAUUGCCAUGGUGAAGAGGAGAAUUGUCAUUUUUUAUAUUUAUGAUAUUAGAAAAGAUGGAAAGCACAUUUAGCUUGGUACGAAGCAGGUUCUGUUGAGUCUGUUGGGGCAAUGUCGAUGGAAAGAGAGAAUCUGCUGUCACUGCUAGAAAAAUCCAACGGCGUGUCAUGCUCUGAUCGUCUGCUAAUGUCACCCUAUCAAUGUAAGAAAAGCAAUAAUACAGCAUGUUGUCGGUUUACAUAUAUAAUGUGAUUUCAGUGCAAAUUAUUUUAUUUUUAUAUUUACAAAUUGAUAUGCAUUUAUCAAUAUAGACUAGAAAUAUUUGGAGAGACCCAAUAAUGUUCAGCUUAUCUUGGUUACUGGGUAUAUUGAUGAAAUCCACCAACAGUCUCGCCAAGUCUCGUGGCCACCGUAGAGAAGGGUCUCUCAGCCCUGGCUGCACAUGACAUCACUGGGGGAGCUUUCAGAAAGCUUGGAGCCCAGCUACACCGCAGACCAAUUAAAUGCAGAUCUCUAGGGGUGAAACCCAGGUAUUUGCACUUUUUAUAGCUCCUAAGGUCAUUGCAAUAUGUAGCCAAAGUUGAGAACCACCAGCCUAGGGGCUGGCCACGGGGACUUGUACUUCCAGGCAAAUUCUGCAGGUGUAGGUGACUCCCAGGCCCAGAAAACUGUAGGCCACAAAGAGAGUCAGGAACCUGGACGGAGUUUCCACGAAGGUUGCCCAAGCACUAGAGGAGAGAGUGUCCAACCAGUCGAUGAAAAGCAAAGGAAAUCUAAACAGACACCUCUUUCCUAUUUCCCAAGUUUUCUCUGUCCAUUAAAGUUGGGCUGGUAGUUUAAAGAAAGAUAGUGAGUGUUCUUGUUGCUUACACAGCCGACACUGUUGUCCUCCCUACAAUAACCUUUCUUUCCCAGGAUAAAAGAAAACAUUGGCCUGUCAGUCACAUUGCACAGGGCAGACCUGGAGAGGGCUGCACAAGGGGUUCAUGGCUUUCAUAAAAACAAGAAUCCAAAACAACACUUUGUAUACAUUCUUCACAAAUUAUACCUGGCAUAAAAAUGAAAGCGAAUAAUUGUGUUUUUUCUUCCAUGGAUAGCUACACAACCACAGUGGGUCCUCUGAGGUUGCAAAUCUGUCCUGUCCAAAUGACCAGAAGUGCUAAGAAUCCCCACCAUGUGGCCUGGCAGGCGACACUCCAUUUACGUUUUCUGAUGCAGUUAUUUAUUUUAAUAAAAGAAACCCCGUUGACCUGAUUUGGCUACAAAAAUAAUCUUGCUCUAUAAUAUAAUCUCUUGGAAAUUAAGAGAUCCUAUGCAUUUGAUGACAGUGUUACAGGUGAUGGUAUAACUGAUUAACAGCGGACAGCAAUAACUUCAUUUUAGAAAUAGUUACAUAGCUUUCCAGCUGCUACAUGUGGUACAUUUUAAUUGUGUAAAGUUUUGCUAUGAUGAAAGCAGUAUUUGUACAAAUGAAAAGCAGGGUUCUCUUUUAUAUGGUUUAUACUGUUGAUCAGAACAUAUUGAUUGUAUAUUGAGCAUUAAAAAA